UAACCUUAUGUGGCCAUCAGCAGGUUGGCACACUGUCAGGUGUCAGAUGUGUCACAACCCCUUUAAAUGCUGGGAUGAAUUAUACUGCAACUGUCAUUCGGGAUCCACUUUCUGUAGCGAUCAUCAAGAAUGUGAUCACUGUUGUCCUCUCCCUUGCAAUCAUAUACCUUAAUGCCACUCUGGUUCACACAUUUAGAAAACAUCAGGUUUUCAACACAAACUCUCGUUACAUCCUUUAUAUCCACCUGGUAAUCAACGAUAUCAUCAUGCUGGCAUUGCUGAUCCUCCUCCAAGUCCUGAGUUACAUAUUGUUCACACUCAAUGUCUCAUUCUGUAUUAUAUUGCUAACGUUUGCCAUACCUUCCAACCUAAACAACCCCUUAACGCUUGCGGCCAUGGCUUUAGAGUGUUACCUGGCCAUAUGCUUCCCUCUGCGCCACCCCCAGAUCUGUACGGUCAGGAAAACCUACAUUGUGAUUGCUGUGAUAUGGUUUCUAAGUUUACUAACAUUCCUACCAGAUGUGUUCAUAGUGAUGGCCACAAGACCUGCAGAGUACUUUCAUUCCAGGAUUUUCUGCAUAUGGGCUAACAUUUUCACAAGCCCGAUCCUUGCAGAAAAGAAAUAUGUGUCCGAAAUUGUGUUUCUAGUCAUUGUUUGGCUCAUUCUCUUCUAUACAUACUUCAGGAUUCUUUUCACUGCAAAGGCUGCUUCAGAAAAUGCAAAGAAAGCGAGGAACACCGUCCUACUCCAUGGCUUCCAGCUGUUGCUGUGUAUGCUAAAGUAUGUCUAUAAUAUAACAAUAGCUGGCCUUUCAAGUUUGUUUCCGAAUGAUAUUCUGACUAUUCGAUAUGUAAUUUCAAUACUGAUUCAGGUUAUGCCACGUCUCAUCAGUCCGAUGGUUUAUGGUAUAAGGGACAAGAUGUUCAGAGAGUACUUGAAACGAUAUCUGUUGCUCACCAAUACGAAUGUUAAUCCAGAAAAGAUUUAAA